CAUUAAAACCAAACCAGCAAAACCAUUCAAGAGAUCUUCGAGAUUAGGGUACCAUUAAAAAAUAAAAUUAUUGAUUGAUUAUUCAUAAGAUUUGAUGGUAUACCAAGAACCAGCUUUUGUGUUCGAUUACAGUGCAUAGAAGUUGAAAUUUAAGGAAGAAGAAGAAUGAAACUCUUAAAUUGAAGCAAUAUGGGUCUUCAAAUGGAGUAAGUACAUCAAACCCAAUGUUUAUUUAUCUUCGUAUUGCUCGUAUUAGAUGGUUAAUUGUAUUAAAUUUUUACAUGGAGUAAAAAUUGAAUUUAGGGUUUUUCAAAUUUUGGGGUUUACUGAUUUAAAAUGACCUUUCCGUCAAUGAAAGCGAUUUCAUUGUAUAGUUUGAUUUGACUUAAGAUAGGUUGAAGGACAAGGGAGAUGAAGACGACAUUUGAUUGUUAUUACAGAAAAACACAAGGGAAAAUGAAGAAGACAUUUGAGUUAACUCUUUGUGUGGUGAUGGUGUUGGUUGAUUUGCAAGUGUUUUUGUUGAUCUUGAUGAUACACCAGGGAAGUAGAAACUCUGUCUCAAAUGUGUUCCCUGUCUCUCAAUUGUUCUUCAAUCUUUUGUUAUAGAUAGUCAAUCUUUGCUGAUGAUUUUUUGAUUCUUCAGUUAAAUAAACUCAAUUUGAGACAAUGGGUUUCGCUAAUUCAUCUUAUAUAUGUUUGCAGUGAGUUGUUAGGACAGUGGGAAAGAAUUUCAAAGUAAAGAUGAGGAAGUGACAUUAUGCGUAUGAAUUCUGUUGAGCUUGGAAGAAUGGGUUUGUGCUUGAUAAAGUGGUAGUUCUAGGAGAAGUUUUAGCAGAAAUUAAGCAUAGAAGAAUCAGGCAAAGUCUUGACUUGAUUCUCCAUCUAACAAUGUCGGAACAGCGACAAUUUUUGCACCUUUUUUACCUGGUAAAACCAAACCAUUCUCACCUGAUGCUUUGGUGUUGAUUAUUUGUAAUGCAUGGUUUAAGAUCGGUGGAAUUUUCGUGUUUGUAAUUGUUUAAAAGAUUGAGUUUGUGUUAGAUAUGAAUUCAAAGCAGGGAAGGAGUAUGGAAAAGUUUACAAAUCGAUCACAUAUCUAUCCCUUUCUAACUAGUUUCACACACUCAACAUGUAUGUAGAAAUGCCUAAAUGAUGUUCUUCACUUGAUCUAAGUCACCGAGUCGACUCGAAAAUGACUCGUAACACUAACUCGAUUUAGUCAGUCCAUGGAAAGGGUAUUAGUGUCCUUUACUAGGUCGGAUGACUACCAGAUCCGUAGUUAACUUCUAUUACCCGUUUUUUUCAAAAAACGGGAUGGAAAAUAUCAAACUCGGCCACUUUAUAUAACGAUUAAAAAUAAUGGCCACUUUAAGAAGUAUAGGCCAAAAAGUUGACCACUUUAUAAAAAAGCCCUUUAAAAUACACUCAACUCCCCAGAAAUCCCUUGAGGACUAACCCCCUGGUAAUCUGGGACGGUGGGACGAAUAAUAAUAACAAAGAAACGGGAGCCGAAACUCAAAAUUCAGAAAAUUGGAGGUCUCAUAAUUGCAGCCAUCGUUCCCCUCUGGAACCCUAGAUAAUUCGUUCCAGGAUCAGCAACUCAAACCCAGAGUGUAGGUGAAGUAAAGGAGACAAUGAAUAGGAAGAGAGAAGAUGAUGAUGGGAAAAUCGAAGUAAAGAAGCCAAAGCUUGAACGGGAAUCUUCUUUAACUCCUCCCUCAGUCAUCGAUAAUCCUCUUCUUCCACUUGCUUCUUAUGAUGAUGAUGACGAUGACGAUGAAGAGGAGGAUAUAAGGAGGGGCAGAAUUAUUAACGAGGAUGAGCAGAUAGAUGGAAAGAUUGGAGACAAUGGUGUUAAAGAAGAAGAGGAAGAUGAUUAUUCUGAUGAUGAACAAGACAUGUUUCAAGGUAGGCGCAACCACCAGAUUGAAAUCAGGAGGGACUGUCCUUAUCUUGAUACUGUCAAUCGCCAGCUUGUUUUCUGUUUAUCAGGUUCUGGACUUCGAUUUCGAGAAAUUUUGUUCUGUCUCUCUCUCAAAUCUGAAUGUGUACGCAUGUUUAGUAUGUGGAAAGUAUUACCAAGGAAGGGGUCGUAAGUCUCAUGCAUAUACUCACAGCCUCGAAGCAGGGCACCAUGUUUAUGUCAACCUUCAAACAGAAAAAGUUUAUUGCCUUCCUGAUGGAUACGAGAUUAAUGAUCCGUCAUUGGAUGAUAUUCGACAUGUUUUGAACCCAAGGUUUAGUAGGGAUCAAGUUGUACAGCUUGAAAAGAAUAAGCAAUGGUCAAGAGCCCUUGAUGGUUCGGACUAUCUUCCUGGGAUGGUGGGACUCAAUAACAUUAAGGAGACCGAUUUUGUGAAUGUCAUUAUACAGUCGUUAAUGCGAGUUACUCCUUUGAGGAACUUCUUUCUCAUUCCUGAGAACUAUCAGCACUGCAAAUCGCCUCUUGUUCAUCGAUUUGGUGAACUCACUCGAAAGAUUUGGCAUGCACGGAACUUUAAGGGCCAGGUGAGUCCCCAUGAGUUCUUGCAGGCAGUCAUGAAAGCCAGCAAAAAACGUUUCCGGAUAGGAGCACAGUCCGAUCCAGUGGAGUUCAUAUCCUGGCUACUAAACACACUGCAUGCUGAUCUCAGAAGCUCGAGAAGUAACACAAGCAUCAUUUACAAGUGUUUUCAGGGGGAGCUGGAGGUUGUCAAAGAGACUCAUGGAGCUGAACGUGGCAAGGUAGUGAUGGAAACUACUAGAAUGCCUUUCUUAAUGCUUGGACUUGAUUUGCCACCUCCUCCUCUCUUCAAAGAUGUAAUGGAGAAAAAUAUUAUACCACAGGUUCCAUUAUUUAACAUACUGAAGAAGUUUGAUGGUGAGUCUAUUACAGAGGUUGUGAGGCCUUCCAUUGCCAGGAUGCGGUAUCGAGUCACCAGAUUGCCUCAAUAUCUUAUUCUCCAUAUGCGUCGGUUCACGAAAAACAAUUUCUUCAUAGAGAAAAACCCAACUCUUGUUAACUUUCCUGUGAAGAACCUCGAGCUCAAAGACUACAUCCCGUUACCUGCACCAAAAGAAAACGAAAAGCUGCGCUCGAAGUAUGAUUUGAUUGCAAAUAUUGUUCAUGACGGAAAGCCUGGGGAAGGGGUUUAUAGAGUAUUUGUACAGCGGAAAUCAGAGGAAUUAUGGUAUGAGAUGCAGGAUCUUCAUGUUGCCGAAACACUUCCACAGAUGGUUGCUUUAUCCGAGACCUACAUGCAAAUUUAUGAGCUGCAGCAGUGAUAAAGAUUCAAGGUUUUGGUUUGUUGGAUUAUACAGAUUGUUGUUUAAUCCCAUAUUUUAGAACUGCUAUGAAGACGUUUCCAAAAUUAAUUUUGUUGUUUCCUUCCUGGAAGGUUCUUCUACUGUAGGGAUCUGGCACUGUGGUGCUGAUUUGAACCUUUUUUUUUCCCUCACAGAAAAUAGAGCACUUAUAGGUCGGCUAAAAUUCCACAAACAACAGUCUCGCACUCAAGGGAUCAUCAUAUAUUAUGACUAAAGAACAGAACACAGUGUAUUUAGCUUUUAAAUAGUUCUUCUGAAUCCAUCUUUGAUUUAUGUA